AGAAACCUGCUGUUUAUUUGAAGAAAGGAACUCUUGGAUUUCAUACAUAAAUGCUAACAACUGCUACGUUCCUUAAGUCAAAAUACUUUUACUAAGCACCGCAAAGAAUCAAUCCCAAUCUUUUCACCCAGAACCCCUGUGAAAGAAUGGCGACACCUUAAUCAGCUUAUUUAGGUUCUCGAUCAGGAAGUCUAAACCUGCCAAACAGAGUUUCUAAUUACCAUGAGAUGACCGGGUUAACUACCUUGACUUCACCUCCUACGAGCUCCUGCAAGCUUUAGUGAAAGUUUGCAUUCUAACUCAGGGCAUUUGUUGGCUUCACACGGGCUGGUAAUCACAGAUCCGUGUGCCAGAUACGACACACACACAUACACACAAAGAAAGACACACACACACACACACACGCACACAUAAGCAGGCACACGCACGCACACACCCACAAACACACACACACGCACACGCACACACACACACACAAACACACACACACACACCAUUAAGUAAACUUGGUUCGCAGGCGUUACCGACAGUGAGGGGUAGAGAGAGAAAUAGAAAGACCUAAGCCGCAAGGCAAAACCCAGCAAGGGCAGCAGAAGAGAUCAAAGUCCUGUGCCCUUGGCUGUCAGCAGAGUGGGUGCUGGGAAGCUUCUGGAAGCAGGCACCUGAGUGGAUGCCGGUGCACCUCAAAAGAGGCCUUCAAGCCUGAAGAACAUGUAAGGAGCCAGAACAGGGUGUCACAGAGAUACUACCCUUAAGGAAGACAGAAAAGCAUUCGUUCCGGGGAAGGGGACAUAAUCCAAUCAGCGACCCUGUGAAACUCAGGCAUGUCCGGGCAUGGUGACCCACGCCUCUAUUCCCAUCGCUUUGGGAGGUCGAGGCCGGCGGACCCCCUGAGGUCCGGAGUUGCACACCAGCCUGACCAACAUGAGGAAAUCCCGUCUCUUCUAAAAAGACGAAACUCGGUUGGGCUUGCUGGCGAGCGCCUGUAAUCCCAGCUACUCAGGGGGCUGAGACAGGAGAAUGGCUUGAACCCGGGAGGCCGAGUUUGCAGUGAGCCCAGAUCCCACCAUUGCACUCCAGCCUGGACAACAAAAGCCAAACUCCGUCUCAAAUUAAAAAAACAAAACCUCAGAAAAGCUUCCCCAGCAAGGGCCAGAGACAACGCCAGUCUCUAUUUCUUGACAGCAAUUCAAGAGAGAAUCUCAGGUGGCUUGCAAAACUCACAAGAGAGCAGAAUAUCCUCCCCAAGGCAGAGAAGCCACACGCUCUUUCUGGAGGUGGAGUAGCCACCGAUCACCGUGCAGCCCCUCCCCACUCCCAGCCAGAAACCCCAGCCCCUCGGAACCAAAUCCACUGGCAACAACCUUUCUUCCUGGAAAACGUUUCGCCUGCCAAAAUGGAAAACAAACACGAUACGAGCAAACGCAACUCAAAACACAAACACAAGGAAACAAUCCGAGCAAGCUCUAGCCCCUCAUAGCUCAUCGAUGCCCCCACUGGCAUGCUACUGAAAACAGCGGCUGCACCCAUUAAACUCAUUCAUUACUGGAGAACGAGACAAACCUUAGCAGAUCCCGGCUCCCACAGCGAGAAUCCCGCUCGAAAACACAGAAACGAAACAACCCCCGCACAAAAUAUAAAUCUACCCCAGAUAGAAUUCAGCAUCAACCUAAGGAUCCUGCUGUAACAUUACUACACUGACCCAGGACAGCUCAAUUCCCUUCCCACCUAUUUACAAGAUAAUCCUCAUUCAGGGAGCUCUGGAAGCAUCGCCACUAUUGCACUAGGAUCCUCUUCGUGAGGCAGCUGGAAGUCUGGAAACACAGCAAAUUUACUUAUUUCUCUACACGACACGGAGGGUAAUUCUCAGAAAAGGCUUAACACCCGAAUCCCCAUUCCCCGAUUCUCAGGCUUUAACGAUUAUCCUUCUGCGGAAGAAACACACACACACACACACACAAACACAGAGAGAGAGAGAGACAGAGAGAGAGAGAGAAUGUCAUGCGAGAAUGUAAACAUUAAGCGAAAUCGCCGCCGACAGCAGAAACAAUAGCCGACACCAUAGACACUUGAAAUGGUUCUGUUUUCCUCAUUUGGACUGAAAGGUGAGAGUGGAACUCGGCUGCCCAAACCGUGGCACCAAUAUCAGCUGCAGGCCAGAGCAAGUCUUUCCGUGGAGAUUCUAAACAACCGGUGGGAGCAAGAUCCUGAAGCAUUUCUUCCAAGAUUGGUCACAGCAGAUGAAACCUGGCUCUACCGGCAGGAUCCUGAAGACCAAGUACGAAGCCAUGGCUACCAAGAGCUGGCAGUGCUCCAGUCGAAGCCGCGGAGGAGCAGUCAAGAACAGAGGUCAUGGCCACCGUUGUGGGGGGUGGGGAUGCCAGAGGGAUUCUGCUGGUUGACUUCCUGCAGGGCCAAACCCUGAUCACAUCUGCUCGCUAGCAGAGCGUUUUCAGAAAGUUAGCCAAAGCUGGAGCGAAGAAGGUCCCCACCAGAGAGUUCUUCUCCACCACGACAGUGUUCCUGAUCAUGGCUUUCUUCGAACAAGGGCAGCUGGGCAAGACCUGCCAUGGGAAACCGUGAGGCGUCCACCUGACAGUCCUGAUUUGGCGCCUGCUGACUUCUCUUUGUUUCCUCGUCUUGGAAAACCUGUAAAGGGCACCCAGUUCUCUUCAGUUAACAAUGGAAAAAAGACUGCAUGGAAAUAGUUAAAUUCCCAGGACCCUGGGGGCUUUAGCGAUGGGCUAGACGGCGGGGAAAAGACACUGCUUCCAGAAGGGUCUUGAAGUUGAUGGAGCCGAGGCUGAGAAGUAAAAUACGCCUAUUUCCUCUUUCUCCCUUAAUCCUACUUUUCUACGAAUGUUUCCAAGUCCCCUCACACAACGUCAAUCCCAGGUAAAGAGUUGUCAUCCUCUGUUGGUUCUUCUUCCUACGAUUUCGUCUUGCGGUGUUGUUAUUUUCGCUUUGACUCCCAAGAAGAUUCUCUCUGUGUCUUUUGGAAUCCACAGAUGUGGAAGCUGGGAACAUGGAGGGCCAACGGUAGAACUCAGUGGGGUGUGUCCAGGCUGCAAUUAACCUAAUGAACCUGCGGGGCACAGCAGUCCACCUGGCGUGGACCGUCCCGAUUGGCUGCAUUGGGCUGACGGAAUGAAUUCCUAUCGGGGCGGGGCAGCCCAGGGGCCAAGGGGGUCAGGGCUUGAGCCCUGGGUGGGCCCGGGGCUGGCUACAUAAGGCCGGGCUCUGGCAGCGGAGCUUCACUCUGCCUUGGACGGCGCACCGCACAGGUCACUCCAGGCUGCGGCUGCACAUCCCGAGGAACAGAAGCGGGCCUGCUCAGCUGUCUGCAAGGACCGGCGUUCCAGACCAAGUGGCCCGCUGCUCCGAGGACCCAGCUCGCUCCAGGCUGUGACUCCACAUCCCGAGGUCGCUGCCUGGCGACCGGGCAGCGAGGACCGGCCACCCCACACUGCCUGUGCCGCCGCCCCGAGGACAGAGCCGCGACCGCGAGGACAGCGACGCCUGCACAGCUCUGGCGAGAUGGCGGCAGGGUCCACUACGCUGCGCACAGUGGAGAAGCUGCAGGUGCGUCUGGCCACUAAGACGGACCCGAAAAGGCUAGAGAAAUAUUUGCAGAAACUCUCCGCCUUGCCCAUGACGGCAGACCUCCUGGCGGAGACUGGAAUCAGAAAGACGGUGAAGCGCCUGCGGAAGCACCAGCACGUGGGCGACUUUGCCAGAGACUUAGCGGCCCGGUGGAAGAAGCUGGUGCUCGUGGACCGAAACACCGGGCCUGACCCACAGGACCCUGAGGAGAGCGCUUCCCGACAGCGCUUCGGGGAGGCUCUUCAGGACCGGGAAAAGGCCUGGGGCUUCCCAGAAAACGCGACGGCCCCCAGGAGCCCAUCUCACAGCCCUGAGCACAGACGGACAGCACGCAGAACACCUCCGGGGCAACAGAGACCUCACCCGAGGUCUCCCAGUCGCGAGCCCAGAGCCGAGAGAAAGCGCCCCAGAAUGGCCCCAGCUGAUUCCGGCCCCCAUCGGGCCCCUCCAACGCGCACCGCUCCCCUCCCGAUGCCCGAGGGCCCUGAGCCCGCUGUGCCCGGGAAGCAACGCGGAAGAGGCCACGCUCACGCCGCUCAGGGCGGGCCUCUGCUGGGUCCAGGCUGCCAGGGCCAACCCCAGGGGGAAGCGGUGGUGAGCCACAGCAAGGGGCACAAAUCGUCCCGCGGGGCUUCGGCUCAGAAAUCGCCUCCUGUCCAGGAAAGCCACUCAGAGAGGCUGCAGGCGGCCGGCGCUGAUUCGGCCGGGCCGAAAACGCUGCCCAGCCAUGUCUUCUCAGAGCUCUGGGACCCCUCAGAGGCCUGGAUGCAGGCCAACUACGAUCUGCUGUCCGCUUUUGAGGCCAUGACCUCCCAGGCAAACCCAGAAGCACUCUCCGCGCCAACGCUCCAGGAGGAAGCUGCUUUCCCUGGACGCAGAGUGAACGCUAAGAUGCCGGUGUACUCGGGCUCCAGGCCUGCCUGCCAGCUCCAGGUGCCGACGCUGCGCCAGCAGUGCCUCCGGGUGCCUAGGAACAAUCCGGACGCCCUCGGCGACGUGGAAGGGGUCCCCUACUCGGUUCUUGAACCCGUUCUGGCAGGGUGGACGCCCGAUCAGCUGUACCGCACAGAGAAAGACAAUCCCGCACUCGCUCGAGAGACAGAUGAAUUAUGGAGGAUUCAUUGUCUCCAGGACUUCAAGGAAGAAAAGCCACAGGAGCACGAGUCUUGGCGGGAGCUCUACCUGCGGCUUCGGGACGCCCGAGAGCAGCGGCUGCGAGUAGUGACCGCGAAAAUCCGAUCCGCACGUGAAAACAAACCCAGCGGCCGACAGACAAAGAUGAUCUGUUUCAACUCUGUGGCCAAGACGCCUUAUGAUGCUUCCAGGAGGCAAGAGAAGUCUGCAGGAGCCGCUGACCCCGGAGAUGGAGAGAUCGAGCCAGCCCCCAAGCCUGCAGGAAGCAGCCAGGCUCCCUCCGGCCUCGGGGAAGGUGGCGGCGGCAGCAUUAGCGGCGGCAGCAGCAACGAGCACGCGGCGCCCGCGGACAAAACCCGAAAACAGGCUGCCAAGAAAGUGGCCCCGCUGAUGGCCAAGGCGAUUCGAGACUACAAGGGAAGAUUCUCCCGACGAUAAACUCAGCACUUGCCUUACAGAUAAAAUCUGGGGGGAGGAGGGCCAAUGCAAAGUCAGUGCGGGUUGGGGAACGAAACUUCCGAUGGACACCAGAACCCUUGGCUUGGUGCAAAGUUGAGCCUCCGAAUCCUGCAGGUGUCAAGGGCUGGCCCUGUGAUUUCUGCCUCCCACACCCAGCCACUGCCUCCCUGCUUGGAGGACACCUCAGAAUUCACAAGAUAUUAUGAACGCA